AUGGAAGAGACAAGCCUGCUGAUAUUCUCGUUUAGUUAUGUUGGAAACAAAAUCGCCGUUUUCACUCUUCAGUCGCUUGGCUACGACGUUGCCGCCCUAAACACCGUUCAAUUCAGCAACCACACAGGGUAUAGGCAGUGGACGGGCACAACAGUGUCUGCCCAAGAAAUCACAGACUUGUACGAUGGUUUGCGCCAGUCUUAUCUAGACGACUUCGACAUGAUGUUGUCGGGAUACAUACCUGGAGCGGAGGCCGUAGCCUCGGUGGGGAACAUCGGCAAGGAACUCAAGAACAAGAACAAGGGAACGCCAGGGAACUUUUUCUGGGUUCUUGAUCCGGUAAUGGGCGAUAAUGGCAAAAUUUAUGUCGCCGAGGAUGUUGUUCCCGCCUACAAGGAACUGAUCGAGCAUGCCGACUUGAUUCUGCCGAAUCAGUUUGAGGCCGAACUUCUGUCAGAAGUCAAAAUUGUUGAUAUGGAAUCUCUCAACACAGCUAUCCAAGCCCUCCAUGACAAGUACCGCAUCCCUCACGUCAUCAUCACAUCCGUCAACUUCUCACCACCAGGACAACCGCCCUCGCACUUAUCCGUCAUCGGCUCAAGUAUGACAUCAAUCGGAAAAGCACGCCUCUUCAAAAUUACUUUCCCUUCGAUUGAUUGCUACUUCUGCGGCACGGGCGAUAUGUUUGGAGCUCUCGUAACAGCCCGGAUGCGCGAGGCGGUUCAAUCCGUUCCGGGGCUUAUCAAUCGCGCAAACUGGUUAAGUGACGAUACUGUGUCUGCUGCACAGUUGCCGCUCGCGCGAGCUGCAGAAAAGGUAUUGGCCAGUAUGCACGAAGUAUUGACCAAGACGAGAGACGCUAUGCCGGGUAUAAUUGAAAGGACGAGAGCGCGGUUGACAGAGGAGGAAAGAGUGAAUAGAAAGGGGGAGCGGCAGAUCACGUCCAAGGCUUCGGAGUUGCAGUUGGUGCAGAAUUUGGAUGUUUUGAGGAGUCCUGGCGUGCAGUUUAAAGCACAGCAAAUUUAG